AUGGCAGAUACUGUUGGAGAAAUUCCACUGAACGUGGACGCCGCCGUUCAGCGCGGUUUUCUAUCAUGGCUUCGCAAUGGCGGUAUCGUGAAGCUUAAUUGUAUUUUAAUGUUAUCACUGAUAUCAUCAUAUGCUACCGGCUUUGAUGGCUCAAUGAUGAACGGCCUCCAAUCCUUAGACACUUGGAAUGCAGAAUUCGGAAACCCUGGAGCGAGUGAUCUUGCCCUACUGAACGCCAUUCAGAAUGUCGGUCAGCUGGCAGGCAUGCCUUUCUGUGCCUGGAUUUGCGAUACUUGGGGCCGCAAGCGUGCGCUUUUGGGCAGUGCCUUCGUUCUUAUCGUAGGAGUAGCACUCCAAACUGCAGCCCAGAACACCGGGAUGUUCAUUGCAGGCCGCGGUAUCAUUGGUUUGGGAUUAGUUCUGAACAUUACCGCGGCGCCCCUCUUGAUCAUGGAGCUGGCCUAUCCCACUCAACGAGCGCCUUUGGUUUCUAUAUACAAUAGUCUCUGGGGUCUAGGUGCUCUCGUGGCCGCCUGGACGACAUAUGGGACAUUCAGGAUUGACAGCAAUUGGGCGUGGAGAAUCCCGUCAAUCCUGCAAGCCCUUUCAAGUAUCCUCCAGCUCAGCCUGUGCUUCUUUAUCGAGGAAUCUCCCCGCUGGCUUAUCUCGAAAGAGAGAGACGCAGAAGCUGAGAAGCUUAUCGCCAAGUAUCACGCGGACGGAAACGCCAUGGACCCCGUGGUUCCGCUGGAAAUGGAAGAGAUACGCACCGCGUUGCGUCUCGAGAUCGAGGCGAACAAAACAACCUCCUAUCUCACCUUCUUCUCCACACCAGGAAAUCGCAGACGUUUCUUCAUCAUCUUGGCGGUUGGUUUCUUCAGCCAAUGGAGUGGCAAUGGACUGAUCUCGUACUACCUGACUUUGAUAUUGAACAGCAUCGGAUACACAGAUCAGAGCACACAAACAUUGAUUAACGCGCUCAUGACCCUAUGGUCGAUGCUCUGGGGGCUUGGUUUCUCCUUCUUCGUGAACCGGUUCCGCAGACGCACCCUGUUCCUCGGGUCAACCAUAGGAUGCAUGAUGGUCUAUAUCGUCUGGACGGCCCUCGAAGCCAGAUACGAGAUGUCGACCGACCUGAAUGAUGACGGGACGGGUGGCCCCGACGGGUUGGCCAAGGCCGUCGUGGCCAUGAUUUUCAUCUACCAAGCUGUCUUCGCUGUGGGGUGGGGUGCCCUGCAGGUCACGUACGUUGUUGAGAUCCUGCCGUUCAAUCUUCGUGCCCGCGGACUGGUUUUGUACAAUCUGUUCGUUGCGCUCGCUCUAAUCUUCAACCAAUAUGCAAACCCGAUCGGAGUGACAAAGAGUGGCUGGAAGUUUUACAUCACCUAUGAUGUAUGGUUGUUCGUUGAGGUGAUUGUGGUGUACUUCCUCUUUGUUGAGACGGGCAAGUUGAGCUUGGAGGAGACAGCUGCUGUGUUGGAUGGAAGGGAGAUGGAGCAAAAAUUCCAGGACGAGGUCUUGAGGAACACUGAGAAGUCUUUGGGUUUAGCUCGCGUAGAUACAGUGCCUGAGUAA